AUGUCCAGAACUCUCGACACCCCCAUCCACCAGGCCUUCUACCAAUUCACCAACAAAACCUGGGAACCCGUCAUUCCCGAUGGAACCACCACCAUCACCAACGCUACAAACCAACCCUCCCCCCUAGAAACCCUCCGUCUAACGACAUGGAACAUUGACUUCCGCGCGCCGUGCCCCGAUAAACGCAUGACCAAAGCCCUCCAAUACCUUUCCACCCUGCACAUCCCCACAAAGGAAACCCCAUCGAUAAUCUUCCUCCAUGAAAUCACCCCCUCCGACCUGCACAUCAUCCAAAAGACAACCUGGAUCCGCAACCAAUUCUACAUCACUGAUCUUUCGCACGAGAAUUGGCGAUCUCAGUACGGCACCACCGCGUUAAUCGAUAGACGGUUUGACGUAAGAAGUGUGUUUCGGGUACUAUACUCGAUGUCGAGGAUGGGGCGGGAUGCGCUGUUUAUUGAUGUUCGCAUUCAUGGCAAUAUCAAGAGUCACGACCAGAGGGGAGAGGAUGGAACAGGGAAGACUGAAUCCUCCAUCCUCCGGCUCUGCAAUACCCAUCUGGAAAGUCUAACAUCUAAUCCACCAAUUCGGCCAGUUCAGCUACGUCUAGCGGCUCAGUUCAUGCGUGGAAGUGGACCUGCGCGUACGGACCCUGUGAGUGGGAGGAAAGAUUCAGAACUGCCCGUUCCCCACGCGGCGAUUCUAGCAGGUGAUUUGAACGCCUUUGCGCCGGAGGACGAGACAGCGCCGGAAGAAUGCGGAUUACUGGAUGCGUUUCUCGAGCUCGGGGGAAAGGAGGGAUCCGAGGAGGGGUUUACAUGGGGCCAGCAGAUGGCGGACUAUAAGAGGAGUAAAUUUGGGUGCAGUCGCAUGGAUAAGGUGCUAUUUUGCGGAGGCUUGGAAGUGCAAAGUUUGGAGAAAAUCGGCGCUGGGGAAAAGGUGUGGAUCGAGUAUCCUCAGGAGUCGGAUUCUGAGGAGUCGAGUGAGACGGGGGAGGAUUUGUGGGUGACGGAUCAUAUUGGUUUGCAGGCUGUUUUUCGGAUUGUGAGAUAA